UCCUCUGUAUAUUAUCUGUAUCAUUGGCAGAGCCUAUAGUUACAAAGGGGGCUGAGUGACCACUGGACUUUGUAUGAAAACACCAACCUGGGAAAGACCAUCAGUUAAGACUGAGACAGGGGUGGGGAUACAUAAGUAGGCUUUUCCUUUAACUUGGACCAUGAUUGGCCCUGCAGCUAGGGCAAGGGCUAGAGAAGAAGCCGGGGCUGGCCUAAAAUCUGGAAUCAGUGGCCCUGCCAAUGCUAGAGUGAAGGCUGAGACCCAGGCCAAGGCAGUGGCUGGGGCAGAACUAAAAACAGAAUCAGUGACCCAGUCCAGAGCUGGGGAUAGAGCAAUGGCCAAGACACAGACAGUGACCUACACUGAGGCUAUGGCUGUGACAAGUGAAGUGAGCAAGAUGGAAGAUAUGAUUAAGACGAGGGUUAUGGCUAAUACUAAGACAAAACCCCUGGCAGAACCUGGUAUAGUGCCCCAAACCAAGUCAAAGGCCAUGCCUAUUUCUAGGGUCAGUGUCAUAAGUAAGUCUGAAGUCAAGGUUGGUGCUGGCAGUGAGGCCAAUAUCAGGCAUCGUGCCAAGGCUAGUGAUAAGGUCAGUAUCGGGUCCAGACCCAAGACAAGGAAAGAGGCCAGCAUCAAGUCUAGGGCUGGGGACAAAGCUGAUAUUGGGAUCAAGUCCAGUAAUGAGGAUGAAGAAAAUGUCUGCUCCUGGUUCUGGACUGGAGAAGAGCCUAGUGUGGGGUCCUGGUUCUGGCCUGAGGAAGAGACCCCUCCUCAAAUUUAUAAGCCCCCACCUAAGAUCCAGGAAAAGCCCAAGCCCAUACACAAACCGAAACUUACAAUAAAACAAAAAGCAACAACAUGGUCAAGGGCCAGGUAUGUUGUCCUAGUCCCAAUUGAGGGAGGGGAGCAAUCCUUGCUUCCAGAAGGAAACUGGACCCUGGUUGAGACCUUGAUUGAAACUCCUCUGGGGAUUCGGCCUCUGACCAGGAUCCCACCGUAUAAUGGGCCUUACUUCCAGACCUUAGCUGAGAUCAAAAAACAGGUUAAGCAAAGGGAAAAGUAUGGGCCUAAUCCAAGGGCCUGCCGCUGCAAAUCACGUGGUUUUAGUUUAGCGCCUAAAGAGUUUGAUAAACUUGUUGCCCUGCUUAAGUUAACUAAGGAUCCUUUCAUUCAUGAAAUAGCUACGAUGAUAAUGGGCAUCAGUCCUGCUUAUCCAUUUACCCAAGAUAUAAUUCAUGAUGUAGGGAUUACUGUUAUUAUUGAAAACUUGGUCAAUAAUCCCAAAGUUAUAGAACACCCUAGAGCUUUAAAUAUGGUGUAUGACAGCUCUGAAUCUUCUGAAGAAUCCAAAACAGGAGAGGCAUACAUACAUCAAGUUUGUAAGGACAUAAUAUCUUAUCCCUUGAACUCCUCUGUGCAACUGGCUGGACUAAAAUUAUUAGUGCACUUGAGUGUGAAAUUUGAGGACCACCACGUGAUUGCCAGUUACAUUCCAGAUUUCCUCACCUUGUUAAACAAGGGAAGUGUCAAGACCAAGUUUUAUGUUUUAAAAGUGUUUCUGUGCUUGUCUAAAAAUCAAGACAAUACGAGAGAACUGAUUAGUGCGGAAGUACUGUCAUCAUUGGUUGCACCAUUUAACAAGAAUGAGUCAAAGGCCAAUAUUCUUAAUAUCAUAGAGAUAUUUGAGAAUAUAAAUUUCCAAUUCAAGAAAAAGGCAAAGCUAUUUUCCAAGGAAAAGUUCACUAAAUCUGAGCUCGUUUCCAUAUUUCAGGAAGCAAAACAGUUUGGUCAGAAACUGCAAGACUUAGCAGAGCACAAUGAUCCUGAAGUGAGAGAUAAAGUUAUACGAUUAAUACUCAAACUCUGAAUAGCCAUAUGUUCUCACAGAGCCUUGAACAAUUUUUUGGUGAUGCAAUAUGAAACCAAUGCAUA